AUGUAUUGCAUCAUUCUCACCGUACGCAAGGCAGAAUCAGCUCUGGCUUGGCGCCUGGACAUGAACAAAACUGGUGGUUUCAGAGUCUUUCCCAUUGGUUCUGGCGUAGUCCCGCCGAAGAGGGCACCCUCGUCAUCCUCAGUCAGGUACAACCGUCUCGCGGCGUACCUCUGGGCGGCGGACUCGGCCGCGUCAGAUGAAACGUGAGUGGGAUCUGAUCCCAUGAUGGCCGAAGAUGGACAAAAUGUGUAGCCAGCCAGUUCCCUGAGCUCGCACGUGGUGCUUGCAGGGUUCGGUUGUUGUAGGUGUCACUUUCGUCGUGGGGAGAGAGGGGGGGCGUACUCUUAUGUUUUGCAUGUCUUAGCGGUUAGACCAUUGACCACGCGUCCUCGAGAGGACGGAGCAUUGUUCCCACAGGACCGAUCACCGAUGGCCAAUCGUUCCUUUCUACUUUGCCAAAGGUGGCUCAAAAAUGUCUUCCCUAGUCUGUCUAUCCUAACGAUAUCCCUUCCCGCCUUUUCAACCCACCUCCUAUGCCCCAGUACAGCUACCGUCCUUUCCUCUCUAUUCCAUGCCUCAAACAUCUCCCUGUACGUUCCAUCUAUUUUUCCCAGCUCAGUCACGUACACUUCCCUCUCCUUCUUGUACAACGGACAUUCCGCGACUACAUGAACACGGUCUUCGCAUUCGAAGCCGCAAUCACAUUUGAACUCGUCGUCUUCCUCGUCUACCGUCCUAUGUCUUCGUCGACGUUCUCGAAGGCCUAUGUCCCCGGUCCUGAAUUUGACCUUAAGCUUUGUUCCUGCAUCCAUUGGUCCAUGUAGGUAGUCCUUGAACCCUAUUCCUUCCUUCAACAUUCCGUACACUUCUAGACCCUCCUUAUCCUCGGAUUCUUUCCUCAGAGUCGGUUCUUCUCUCUCGGCACAAGCAACAGAUAUCUUCUCCUUGAACCCCUGUAGACCCUCCGUUUCCAGCGUUUCAUCUUCGUCGAUGUCGAGCCCCUUCCAUACGUCCUCUACAACCUUGACCCAUUCCGUGGGUUGUCUACCCCUCUUUUUGUUUGCCCACUUCGCCUCCCAUACAAUCCUCGGCAACCUCUCCUCUCCCAUCCCGCACAUGCGAUACUGCCAGGUCAGCUUCCUCGCGUCUCUUCCCGACCGUAGGGAUUGGAUCCCCAAUUCUGCCCUCACGGCUGCAUUACUUGUGCGCCUGGAGCAUCCUAGGAUGGUUUUCGCUGCUUUCAUCUGCGCCGCCUCGAGUUCUUUCACUACCUUCUUAUUUCCUUCCCAUACUUCUCCGGCGUACUCUAGCGGCGGUACGAUUACGCUCUUCAAAACCGUCAAUUUGAUGCGUGUAUCGAGGUGCCGGUUUGCGAGUAUUGGGUGCAGCUUCCCUGCUCGUGCUUUGCCCUUUUCCGCUACCUUGGACAUGUGUGCAUUCCACGAGCAGUCUUUUGCGAUCUCUACUCCGAGGUAUGUGUACUGGUCCACUACUGCAAUCUCCUCGAUCCCCCACUUCCAUCUAUGUUCUACUGGUUCCUCCUUGUUCUCGUUGCAUACCAUGACGGCACUCUUCUGAACGUUGGCAGACAAUCUCCACUUAUCAGUAAACUUCUUCGCCGCGUCAAUUUGCAGUUGCAGUCCCUCAGGGGUGUCCGACAUACCGACAAAAUCAUCCGCAAACAGCAUUCCUGAAACCGACGUUUCCGUGUCCCCUACUUUUACUCCCUUCCGGACUGCCUCUACGACUUCCAACAGAUCGUUGAUGAACACCUGGAACAAUGUUGGGGACAGCGUGCAACCUUGUGGGACCCCCUGCUCAAUGUCGAAGAAUUUUGACAGUUCUCCGUCUAGCAUGACCGCGCUUUUCGUACACUCUGUCAUCUUCUUCAGCACUCUCCACAUUUUCCCCUUGAUCCCGUAUUUGGACAGUUGUUUCCACAACCCAUUUCUCCACACGGUGUCGUAUGCCUUUUUCACGUCCAGGAAGAAGCAGUACGUCGGCUUUCCCGCCCUCUUUCUACCUUGGAUGAUUCUCCCUACCGUGAACACGUGGUCUACGCACCCCCUCUUCUUGCGGAAACCUGCCUGGCCCUCACUAAUGCUAUGUUCCUUCUCCAAUACUCCCACUAUCCUAUCGUUCAGCAGCUUACAGAACACUUUUCCUACUGUGUUCAACAGUGUGAUCCCCCUGUAGUUUCCUGGGUCAGUCUUGUCUUCUUCCUUGAACAGGUUCACAACCACUCCUUCCCUCCAUCUACUUGGCGUAUACUCGUUUUUCCACACCCAAUUGUAUAGCAGUACCAUCAGCUGGAUCAUCCCCUUCCCCCCAAACUUCAUGAACUCGUUGACUAUCCCAUCCGCUCCUGCUGCUUUGUGGCACUUCAGCUUGUUCACACACGCCUCAACCUCGUCCUCAGUGAACUCCUUUUCUAGUUCUACGUUCCCAACGUCUGCCUUCGAUGUCUCUUCUUCUUUUUGGGCCCAUGCGUCCACCUCCUUCUUAAACGCUUGGUCAAAAGCUUCAUUCUCCGAGGGCACUCCAAGUCUCUUGUAGUGUCCUGCUAGAACUUCCCUUUUUCCCUUCCCACUGCUGACUAAU